AACUCUGAACGACCCAUGGCGCCAUCCAAUGGCUAUCGGAAUGGCUCUCCAGCCGAGCUUUCUGCGAAGCAGAAGAAGCUUGGUUUCUCCGAAAUGGAGCAGGUGCCACAGUCUGCCAGUGCCAAGGAGGAGCUUGAGGCCACCGCCCGCUGCACGCUGGCCGAGAAAGCUCUCCAAAACGCCACCUCCGAAGUCCUGCGAGGGCCCGACUGUGUGGCCUACCUGGGUGCCUUUGGACUGCUGGCCGAGAGCGGCCCGCUGUGGAGCCCUACACACUUGGCACGGGCGAAGGAAGAGGCUCAGCCCAUGUUGGAGAUCGUCAUUCGAGGACAUGAGGAACUUGGAUCUCACACUUGGUACGUCAUGGACUGCGCUGUCUGGCGUCCAUGUAUGGAAUUCGCUCGCUCAGAGUGGCGCUGCUAUCGGCGGCUGUCGCAUUUACGUCAAGGUUUGCAUGAUCCGAUCAAGGAGCUAAUGGGCCCGAGCUAUGCCAAGCACUUCGCAGAGUCGCCCUUCGCAUACCACGGGGCGCCCACAGGGACGACGGCCCGGCUACGGAGUUGGUGUCCGGGAACUCAGCCGCGGAAGCGUUGGAGUUACGAGCCCAAAGAGGCGCUCUGCUGCGUGGCCAUGUCAUUGCUGCAGUGUCGACGUGGAGGGAUGAGUGGUGAGUCAGCCGAUGAAGCCUUGGACCGCAUGAUCGCCCAGACUCAAGAGGAGGGAGAGAGAAGAAGAGCUCUGUCUGCUCCUAGGAGGAUGGAAGGUGGUGUGCGGAGGUUGGAAAUUCAGGCUGGAGCAGAGGGAGAUGGACGAGCUCAAGGUCGAGAAGGUGAGGUGGCGAGGCCUGCUGGUUUGCCACAAGCUUUAGGGCCUGAAGCUCCUCCGGUGGCAGCUCAGCAGGGAUUGCCUGGUGGUGGGAGAUCGACAAUGGUGGUAGGACCGCUUCUUCGGGGUGUGGCGCAAGAUGUGGCUGGUGCGGUGGGUAACCAACUGCAAGCUUUGGGGACACUUUUUCCUGGAGCUCAAGUCCGUUCUUGUGUACCUCAAGGUGGUCCUCCUGGUGUCCUUCCUCUACAAGGUCUUCAUGCUGAACUACAUCAACGCAGUGGUCAGGGGAUCAAUGACCAAGGUGGUGGCUGUCCGAGUGGAGGGCAUGUGGGCGGUGCUAUGUUGGGACCUUUGGCUGAGCCUUUGCCGCCGUUGGUAGCUUUUCAGCUGCCGCAGCAGCAACAGAUGGGAUCAGCCGCGAGUCCACACCCGCCAGUGCUUCAUCCUUCAGGUAGCCAACCAGCUCAGGGAUUAGGAGUGAUGGUGACUCCAGUCCGAAUGUGGAAGAGUCCAUUGAUGAGCAGUGAUGAGAUGAACCAGUGGUUUCCUUCCUUCAAACCUGAGGAUGUGCAGUUGGAGACGAUCACACCACUGAGCUCAGACGCUGCUUUCGCGGAACGGAUGCGAUUGGCAUUGGGCACAGGGGUUUUCGAAGACCAGGCUCAGGGAAGGCUGACGGUGAUCACCCCGUUGUUCCCAGAUGAGUUCAAGUUCGGAGUGAUCACUGUCAUUGUCACUGAAAAUUUCACAAUUGAUUUGUCCAUCGCCAUGUCGGCCAUCACGAAUGAGUUUGUGGUGGCCCCUGAAUUGUGGCAAGUCUCCUUGCACAACCAUGUGAAAGUCUUGUACCAGGAGUGCACGACCACCAGGGAGCUCUUGGCUACGAAGAUCGCAGGCUUGACUUUGCCAAGUGCGGUUGAGGACGUGAAGGCAGAGAUUGCCAGCAUGUUCAAGGCUUUGAGUGGGGAAGAUGAUGAAGCAGCAUCUCAGUUUGCAAGCGAGUCAGUGGACCACACUUUGAAAAGCUGUUCGGAGGGCAUGGUGUCUAGUUCCAUGUGGUGUCUGAUGAGAUCUGAAAUUGAGCAGGGAAAGCUGGGCACGGAUCACACAGCCUUGCAGAUUUUCAAGACCCUCUUGAAGGUUCCCACCCUAUGGGAAGGCACGGCAUCCACCAAUGAUUCUUUGAUUCAGCAGGCAUUCCGCCAGAAUGUCAAAGGCAGUAUGAUCAAACCUCUGAGCUGCAUUCAAUGGUGUGACUUGGUGCUUGUCGCUGCAUACCCUGAUGGGGAUGUCCAGCAGCUGCUGAGUUUUGAGAACCGUUUGGCCAGAAAGGAGGUUGGCAAGCGGUUGGUAAAAACUUUCGAGAGCUUGCUGUGUGGCUUCGACAGCAAGGUGAAUGCUGAGGGCAUUGUAGUUGGACAGAAACAGGCAUUGGCUGGAGGGGGGAACCCAGCUCCUGUUGGAACAGAUCCAUCGGGAGGGACUCAGAUGAUGAUGGACCCAGCUGCGAUGGCAGUUGAGGAGAUCAGAAAGCGGGUGAUGCGGGAGGCAGAGGAAGCUUUCGCCAAGGAGGUGAGAAGGCUUCAAGGUCAGACCGAGGAAACCCAAUCGUACCAGUCAGCAUCCAGUGGAGCUGGACAGGGACAGGCCGUGGUUGGCCAGGCCUUGGGAACUUCUCAGCCGUUGGGAGGAGUCGGUGGAAUGCCGUCCCCACCUCCAGGGAUUGAUCCGGGAUUCCAAAGAAGGAAUCAAGCUGGGCUAGCUCAGCCGGGACCAUCUCUGACUGAGGCUUUGAGGGCCCUGGAGCUACCAAAGCUUCCCACACCGGGAAGUGAAGGUGCGUCCAUCCAGUUCGGGGAUUGGAUGACUGUGGUGCAUCCACUGAUGAGUGAUCUUUCUGGAAGUGCUGGAGAAUGGUGGAGUCUGACAGUGAAAACUGUGGAACACCACUAUCAGCAGUGGCUGGUUGCCACGCCGCUGGAGAAGCUGCGCAUGAAACCAGGAUCACCAGUGAUCGGUGAAGGCUACGCAAGACUGGAACAGCGGUCAGUAUCCAUGUUGCUAGCUGCUUUGCCAGAAGGUUUGCGACAGGACGUCAUAGCAUCGCGGCGUCUCUCGACGGUCGGGAUUCUGUUCCGAUUGCUUACCACCUUUCAACCUGGUGGUUCGGGUGAAAGGACAGGAUUGAUCAAGUCCAUCAGCGAGGCCAAGGUGCCAGCAGGUUUGGUGGAACUGCUGGGGUCCGUUCGGCAAUGGCGCCGAUCAGUGGGAAGGUCGGAGGAGCUGAGUGUAACAGUGGAUCCUCUGGUUCUGACAGGUGUGUUGUCGAAGUUCGCUGACGGAGCUUCAAAAUUGGGUGGAAGUCAGGUGGCAUUCCGCUUGGCGACCAUGCGCCAACAGCUGGACGUAGAUAGAGCUCCAAGCCUUGGUUCGGUCAAGGAAUGGGCCGAGUACAUCCAAGCUGAGCUGGAAGAGUUGGCUAAUGCGCAGACUGCUGGGAAGGCGACGCCGUCGAAUCCGCCUGCGUUGGCUCCGGUGCUGACGCAGGGGAAUCCGGCUGUCAAGGCCUUCACGGGGGAAGGGCAGAAGCCAUGGGAGAGGCCAGAAGGUGAGAAAGCGCCGUGUCGUUUCUGGGGCACUGACGAAGGGUGUCGCAGGGGUGAGAAGUGCGGUUUCGCACACGCCUGGGGAACGUUGGAGAAAUCCUCAAGGUGCUUGUUUUGCUCAUCAACAGGCCACCGUAAAAGGGAUUGUCCCACAGCCAAGCCUAAAGAUGGAAAUGGCUGGACACAGAAAGGUGACCGGAAGGUCGCUAAGGUCCUCAAUAAGAAAGGGGAGAAGAGCACUGAGAAGGAGAGCCAAAAAGAGUCAACAGUAGUGAAGGAGGCAGCGGAGGAAAAUCCGCAACCGGAAAAAAGAUCUGAGGGUUCCCAGCCCAAGCAGGAAGGUGACUUGGUGCAGAACCUCAACGGUCUGGUUAAGUCCAUGACGUCGAUCAAAUCGGUAUUCAUCAAGACGGUGAAAAUGGACGAGGAGUGCGGAGGAGAGUACGCCUUGCUAGAUGGGGGGGCGACUCACGCUUUGCGACAGGCGAAGAGCUCCGAAGUUCCGCAUCUUUGGCCAGUCCAAGUUGAAAUGGCGAUGGGAAGUGUCACGCUCUAUCGGUGCGCAGCGCACAAUACGCUGUUGGCACUGGAUAACGUGGAACCCAUAAUUCCAUUGCGGCUGCUAGUAGAUCACGGAUUCAAGAUCGACUGGCCGAAGGAUCGCUGUGACAUCUCACACCCGAAACAUGGGAACCUGCAGUGUGUCAGACGCCAAGGGUGUCCAGUGAUGGACAGAAGUGAAGCCUUGAGUCUCUUGGAGUCACUUGAGAAUGGUGGAGUGGGAGACUACUGUGAGCCACCGGCUCAGGAGAUCGAAUGGUGGAAGGAGAAGUAUCCACAGGUCCCUGAGAGAAUCUGGUCUUUGAUGAGGGGCCAAGGGCUGAACUGGGAAGAAAUUGCCUCCCCUUUGCCUUGGAAUAGGGCAAAGCGGAGGAGGUUGGAAAGAGCUCGAGGUGGUGUGGUGAUCCAUCUUUUCUCUGGGUCCGGGGGAGAAUCCAGGAGAUGGCGGGAUCUCACGGGUUCAGACACCGAGGUGCUGACCGUUGACAUCUCAUCGAACGCUCAAGAAGAUCUACACGCCGCUGGGGUGUGGGCGUAUCUGUGGGGAUUGGCUGAAAGGGGCCGGAUCCGGAUGAUAACCGCCGGACCGCCAUGCAGGACAGUGAGUCGUCUUAGGCAUAAGAUCCCAGGUCCUCGCCCUUUGCGUGGCAGAAGGAAUCACAGAUUCGCUUUGGAUGAUCUAACUGAAAGAGAAAUGACAAAGGUGGAUGGAGAUACCGCCCUGUGGUUGAAAACUCUCGGUCUCUAUGAGAAAUCUCGAGAGGGAAUGGUGGCGAAUGGCAUUCUGGGUCAGUGUGGUCUUCUGGUGGAAAGUCCCCAAGAUCCAUGCGAGUAUAUGGAAGAUGGGAAAGAGUAUCCGUCCUUCUGGGAAUGGGAGGAAACAGAAGAUUUCUUGAAACGAAACCCAGACAUGUUCAAGGUCAGGGUGGAUCAAGGGGCUCUAGGGCACCCACGCCCCAAACCCACAACGCUUCUGACCAACAUAGUCCAGCUGAAGGAACUUGAUGGGAUUACCUCGAAGGAAUCUGGAGAGAGUGUGUGUGCAUGGAUCUCCGGGAGCGGCUGA